AUAGACAAUAAUGUUUAAAUAGGCUUUUGUGGUCCUUAUAAUUUGACGUUUCAAUGUUUUAAAAGGUUUUAAUUUGAUUCCAAUUUUAUUUAAAAUGAAUUUAUGUGGUCACGUAUGUUAAAUUCAUGUUUACCGCUGUACUAUUACAUUUAAUCUGUGCUCAAUACACCCACACUUUAAAGAAAAUUUUGUGCAAGCUGUGUGCCAAACGUGUUAUUUGAGUUUGAUAGAAGCGGUAAGUUAGUUAGAUUCGAGGAUCAAUCUUUAUGUUUACGGCAAUCCUAAAUUUUGAAAGCGGAUCAUGUUCAAAGGUCUUCAGUUAUGAAGGGAAGGUUAUAAGGGGUGUGUUUAGGAAAACAUUACUGUUAACAUAAUCCAAGAUUUUUCCAACACACCCAUAUUAUGUAUACUUGCUUCUUUACUUUUCAAUUUCGGUGCCUUGUUUGCUCUUGUCAAAAGUUAUUCUGAACCUCCUUCGAUCUUGGAAAGAAAAGCAUGGCAUAAUUCUUUGCCCAAUCUCACAAGUCUCCAGAACUAGCUUAUAACCACAUACUCUCAAAGUCAAAAUCAAAACUUCAUUUUUUUUUACCUGCUCUCAUCUUAAGUUCACCACACAAAUCAAGGUUUAAGCAAUUACCCAAAGAUGAUACAACCUUUAUUCAUGCUUUUGAUUACCCAAAUGACAUUAAUCUUAGUAUUAUCUUUCGCAAAUCCAAUUCGAAAAUUGGUGGUGAAGGGUCUAGACCUUUCGAAGCAGGGAAGGGGCCCCUUGGUCACAAAAACUGUGGCAGCAACCAUGCUUGUGGUCUUCAGCUCCACCGUGUAUACUAUAACCGAAAUUAAAAAGCGUUUGAAGGAUGCUGGCAUAGUUAAUCCAACUGAUGAGGUUCUCAUGGCACAUCGUCUCUUGGAAGCAUUUUUCUUGGGAUUCUCUCUAUUCCUUGGAUUGGUUAUCGACAGACAACAUUAUUAUAUCAGAGAGAUUAAUUUACUGAGGAGGAGCUUGGAAACAGCGAAAAAACAAAGCCUCAGUCCUGAUUCCUCAAAGAGAAGAGCAGCAGUGCCAGAUAAAUAGAAUGUGAGACAGAGGUUGCACAUAACCAAUGUCCUGAAUAGGAAAAAUCUGAAAGAGACUAUGAACUGUCUUAAGAAAAAAAAAACUUGAAGAUGUUAUGUUGCGUGUCCUUGUAGGAGUGUUCAACACUCAGAAUUGAAUUGAGUAUACGUGUAUAAUUGUUCUAAUUGUGUCUGUAGUUCAUAUUAAUUAUUUAUUUCACUUUUAUGUAACAAUAAUUACUUAAUAUAAGCAAAAAGUUCCACAUU